CUCAGCCGGGCUCUGCGCACCGCCGGCUGCGGGCGGCUCAGCCGCACUCUCCCCGGGAAAGCUGGGGAAACAUGCCCCAGCUGACGGCUUGUUUCCCUUUUUGAGUGUACCUGGAAACAGGAACAAGGAAAGUGUACUUGCCCGUGAGCAUCUGGGGGGUUGUACCUGUUUAGUGUAGCGGUACAAGGGAGGGAUCAGGUCUAUUCACAUUCUGCCAGAUUUGCCUGUGCAUUUGGUAUUUCUCGUAAAUUACUGACUAAAUUAAAACAGAGGCUUCCCAGUUCUCAAUUUGGCAUGAAAGUGCAAGUGACCAAGUGGACCAAUGGCCAUUUUUAAUGGGGCGUGUUGAUUUCAGAGCACCAGUGGCUGAACGAGGCACUAAGUUGACUUUGUUUUAGUGACAGCUGUUUUUUACAGGGUCAGAUUCUGAAGUAGAAUUAAUGUGUGGUGGUAUGAAAGUGAACCUGAGAAUACUAUCCAAAGCAGACUGUGGCUAGUCAGGUGGCAGUCUGAGCCAUCUGUGCUGUUCCAGGCUCUUGUGCCUCUGUAAGCACUUGUCCAGUCUCGCUGGCCUGUGACAUGUUUGUCUCAUGAUGUACUACCUCCUUGAACCUGUUUCUUUCCAAAAUCUUAAUCUCAGCUGUGUGUCUGUUCUGUUUGCAACCUUUCAGCCACAGGCAGCUGUUCACCCUAUGAAUAAUAAUCUCAGCAUAUUACACAAGGUUCAGUACAACUGACUAUAUUUGACAAAUAAUAAACUUGUUCACUUCACAUAAACUCACGCAAUCUGAGAGAUCCAUGAGCACUUCCCUUCCCUUUGUGUGCCAUAGCAAUAUCUCAGUACAACUUCAGACAGAGAGACUAUGCUUCAUACAGUGCCUUAUUGCAAUGAGAAUGGAAACUGGCCAGGAAAGAAGAUAAUAAUGCUGCAGCCUGACAAGGGUCUUAAGCUGGAUGAUGUGGACUCCAGAUACUAAAGGAGGAAACUGACAUGAGGAUCCUUUGAAAUAGGAUGCUAAAUAGUUGUGACAGCAAUUAGUACACACCACUCACACUUGUAUGUUUCCAGUGCUAAAAAUUUAAGGAUUGCUCUGAAUUAACUGAAGGGACAUUGGCAUGGUAUGCAGAUGAGGAGACACUCCUGCUUUGUUUUUUUGUUCUGUGGGAUAUUUUUGCCUGGAAUCCUUGGUUUUCCACAGACAAACACCUCAAUUGAUUGUGAUUCUCUGUUACCAAACUAUGAAGCUGAACCACAGACAUCUGCACCACCAUAUAUUAUUGCUGUAUCUUUUGAUAACUUUGAGCCAGGAAAUGAAGUCCAAGUAACUCUAGAAGCACUUGGAGAUGCUGGAUUUAAAGGAUUUAAUCUACAAGCUCGAGAAAUAGAUGGAGAUGUUCCUGUUGGUACUUUUAAAAUUACAGAUCCAAACACUAAAGGCUUGGAAUGUCAUAACAUGACGAAUUCAGCAGUAAGUAAUGCAAAUUCAGAUGUGAAACAGAAGAUUACAACAACAUGGAUUGCUCCACAUGAUGUUAGAGAGCUUCAAUUUAUUGCAACUGUUGUUCAAAAUCUAGAGAACUUUUGGGUUGGAAUUCAAAGCAAAACUCUCACACCUAUGAAUUCUGCGUCAGUUAAUGCAACAGGAAAAAGUAAAAGGAAGCUUAUGAUUGAAUUAGAAUGUAACAAGCGUGGAGGGACUUACUCAACAGGCCGAUGCAUCAUGGUUGGACCUUCCAGUUCUUCUCAGAGCAGCUAUUCAGGCAGUCAGGGUGGAGUAGUCUACACAAUAAGCAAGAGUGGAUGUGGCCCUGGAGGUGCUGCUGGUGCAUAUGGCCUACAAGCCUGCAGAGAUAGUGCAUCCUUAUCCAGCAGUGGUCUUACUUAUGGCCAGUCUGUCCCUGCAAGCAGUUCGGAUUCCAGUAAGAAGGUUGUGGUCGUUGCCAACAGCAACCCUUUUCCACCUGUGCGUCACACCUUCCCUCAGAGUUUGGGAAGCUCUGCUACAAGGAUCAUAGUACAGAGUGGACAAAAACAGCAAACCAGCAGCAGUACUUAUCUUCAGGGUUCCCAAGGCAGCCAGUCCUAUGGUCAGGGCUACAGACCUCAAGGUGGCAGUUCCUAUGGCCAGGGUGGACCAAGUUUCUCAGGCAGCAGCUCCUAUGGCCAGGGUUUCCAAGGCAGCCAGUCCUAUGGCCAGGGUUCUCAGCCUCAAGGUGGCAGUUCCUAUGGACAGGGGUACCAGCCUCAAGGUGGCAGUUCCUAUGGCCAGGGUGGACCAAGUUUCUCAGGCAGCAGCAGCAGCAGCUCCUAUGGCCAGGGUUCCCAAGGCAGCCAGUCCUAUGGCCAGGGUUCUCAGCCUCAAGGUGGCAGUUCCUAUGGACAGCAGGGUGGAUCUGCAGCUUAUUUUGGCAGCAGUGGUUGUGGACAAGGUGUCUCCUAUGAUAGCAAUCCUUGCCACCAGGGUGGAUCACAGGGUGGAUCACAGGGUGGUCAGGGUGAUUCAUACUCCUCACAAAACUAUGGUGGUAGCCAACAGGGUGGAUCAUCAUCUUCCCAGAAUUAUGGUGACAACCAGGAUGGAUCCUACUCACAAAACUAUGGUGGUGGCCAAGGUGGAUCAUCCUCAGACACCUAUUAUGAUAAUCAGGAGUCACAAGAUUCCUCAUAUGAUAAUAAUCCCAAUGCUUGUGAUGAUAAUGACACUACCUACAGUUCCAAUAACCAGCGUUCUGGUUGUACAAAGAAGAAAGUUGUUGCCCGAGACACAUCACAUGUUUUAAGCAAAAGAGCCUAUGAUGAACAGAAUGCAUCUUCUUCAAAUAGCAGCCACUCUGACAUGCAGGGUGGAUCAUUUAUUGCAACCAGCGGAUCAAGUAAUCAGGGUGGUUGCAUUUGUCCUGAUGGAAGCAGUGGUCACACACAGGGAGCCCCAGGUUCUUCAUACAACACAUAUUCUGGUAACCAGGGAGGGCCUUACUUCUAUCCUGGAGGAGCCUAUGGACAGGGUGGCCCAGGUUCUUCCCACAGUUCUUACUCUGGCAACCAGGGAGGGCCUUCCUACUAUUCUGGUGGAUCUUAUGGACAGAGAGGCCCAGGUUCUUCAUACAACACAUAUUCUGGUAACCAGGGAGGGCCUUACUUCUAUCCUGGAGGAGCCUAUGGACAGGGUGACCCAGGUUCUUCCCACAGUUCUUACUCUGGCAACCAGGGAGGGCCUUCCUACUAUUCUGGUGGAUCUUAUGGACAGGGAGGGUCUUCUGCUUAUGAUGGCAGCAGUGAAUCCUAUGGUCAGGGUGGAUCUUCUGCAUAUAGUGGUUCUGAGGCUUAUGGCCAGGUAAAGUUUACUUAUCUCCUACAUCAAAAGCUUAAGCUUGCUGUGUUGAUUCUUACAUGUACUGGGUUCUAUGCUUCAGUUAUUUUUAAGUGGCCAUGACCACAGAAAUGCCAU